AAACAUGGAAAUAUUUAAAAACCAAGUACACUUCAAAAAUUAGCUGGAUCAUUUAUCUUUGCGCUGGUUGAAGCUCCGACUCGACCCGAAUAGCCACGACGAUGAACAAGCUCCGAUUGCUUUUCUCCAUCUUAGUAACAUUCCAAACCCUAAUCCCCAAAUUAACCCUCGCAAUUACAACCAAACCCCGUCCUUUCAAUCUCUCUCACUUCAUAUACCCGAAAAUUUACGAUGAGUUUCGUCCCGAGCCUUCAAUUUUUUUAAAGGAUGUUUUGGAUGCAAUUUCUGUGAAGAGGAAGUGGAAUAAUCAGGAUGUGGAGGUGACAAAUUUGGAUUUGGAUAAGGCUGAGUAUGCGGUUGUGAAUAAUUAUGAUGUGAGUCUUCGAUUAGGCUCGAUAAGUGAGUUUGAGUAUAAGUUGAGGGAUAGUGAAGUGUCGGAGUGGAAGAAAGUUGGGGAGUUUGGGGGUGAUUUCGAGAGGUUAGUGGAGGAUGUGAGCUCGAAAGGGGUGGUUGAUGAGUUCGAGAUUGAAGGGCCGUUUGAGUUGUGUGCUUCGGGUGAUCAUCGGUUUCAGCUUAUAUUGCCGAUGAACUCUUCACAUGCUGGCCUGAAAAGAGUCAUUGUUAGUGAGGGCAUCACAGUGAAAGUGAAAAGUGCACUACAAGUCUCUUUGUUUAACACUUAUGAUCUUGGUCAUCAAGAAAAUGGGAGUGCGUUUGUCAAUAGUAAGAGGGAAAAAGCUUGGUGGUCUUUAGGGAAUUCAGUAUGUUUGUCAUUACUUCCUAUAAAUAUCGUAGGUUCUGCAUCGCUGGUUGCCUACAGGACCUGGAAUCCCGAUGCUCACAUUGAAUCUAAUUUCCUAUUUGGAGAGACAAUAGAAUUGCUGCCAGAGAAAUGCUACAUUAGUCAUACCUAUAGAAAGCAUGGAUGUCCAGUUGACUCCUUCAAAUCAAGGAUAGUGUUGCUGGAGAAAGUUAUGCAGGGUUUGUUAAGUGACAAGAUCAGUCAGGAUUCAGGGUUGGGAUUUUUUAAAGGUAAAGUUCGAGCAUCAACACUAUUUCGCUUUCACUUGGAAGUAAAGAGGGACAUUAAAAGCAAUGACACAAUGUGGACAACACUCGCAGAGUGGAGAACAAGGCCUAAAUUUGAACAUUUAACAUUUGAAAUUGUGGCAAAAUAUGAAGCUCAAAGAUUAAAGCCCUUGAUGAUGAAGAAAGUGGGACCUUUUGACGGAGUAGAUACAUAUCCUUGGAGCACAUUAAUGUCCAACAUCUCCUUCACAAAGUACCCCUCUGUGCUUGUUCCUCCAGAGACCCUAACACUGGACGUGAGAUGGUAGGAAAACUGAAGUGCAACUUUACAUCGUCUUUCGCUGAUAAGUCUGUGCAAGGUGACUAGCAUUUUGUUCUUGUAGGUCAGUUUCUUUACUUUGUGGGUGUUAUUUUGAAUGUAUACAUACCUCUGUGAAAUUCAACUGUAAAAUUCAACUUUAAAUACUUGUAAAUUUACAAAUGAAGAAAUUGUAAUAACGAAUAUCGUUUUUACUAACAAAUGUGAUGAUUUGUUAUAAUGUUUUGCAUUA